AUGGUGCAAGCCAAGAAGAUCAAGUACGACGUCAUCGGACUGACCGAGACGAGACGGCGUCACCUUCAACUGUUCUUAGGAACAUGCGACAGUAGAGGUGUUGGUGGAGUUGGCGUCCCCGUCAACAUGAGUAUGGCAAAGAACAUCGACUCUUUUGAACAACUUACGACUCGAAUCGGACGUCUGCGGAUGAGAAGAUGUGGCCCAACAUCAGCUUUGACUAUCUUCGUCGCUUACGCUCCAACAUCAAGCUACGAAGAAGAAGUCGAAGCUUUCUAUAUGGACCUGGAGAAGUUCUACCGAGAAGACCAUGCCUUCUACAAGGUCAUAGUUGGCGAUUUCAACGCCAAAGUUGGCCCAAGAAGAACGCCAGAGGAACUUCACAUCAGGACCCACGGCCUACAAUGGAAUGACCAGGAAGAGAGGCUCUCCGAGUUCAUCAUGACGACUAAGUCCAUCCAUGGGAACUCGCAAUUCCAGAAGCCCUCCUCUCUACGCUGGACGUGGGAGUCACCCGGUGGAGGGUACCGUAAUGAAAUAGACCACAUCAUCGUCAAUAAAAGAGAGGCGAUAAAGGAAGACCUUAAAGAGCGAAGAGCAGAAGUGCUGGCUGAAGCUGCAGAGGCGGGGAAAAGCAUCCACUAUGCCCGUCGAGACUUCGCCAGUCGCAAGACAAGGAUGACUGCUCUCCGGAACCCGAGGGGAACAGCCAUUGCAUCGAGAAGGGGGAUGGAGAAAAGCAUCUACGACUUCUACUCUGAUCUCUUCGACAGCCAUGUCCACUUGUCUCCUCACCAUCUGAGGGAAGAUGGACAAGUCAUUCCAGAGGUUCUCCCGUCCGAAAUACGACAUGCUAUCAUGUCGGUAAGAAAUCGUACGGCACCCAGCCCCGACAGAAUAAGACCAGAACACCUGAAGAGCCUUCCGCCAGUACUCAUCAACACCCUGGCGAGGCUCUUUACACGUUAUCUGUCGGAAUGCAAGGUUCCUAAACAGUGGAAGACCAGCAAGACCGUGUUGUUGUAUAAAAAGGGAGAUCCACAUGAUAUCGGCAACUAUCGUCCAAUCUGCCUACUGUCCGUCAUCUACAAGCUCUUUUCGAGAGUAAUCCUUAAUAGGAUUGAAAAAGUCUUGGAUGAAGGACAGCCAUGCGAGCAAGCAGGGUUUCGAAAAGGAUUCAGCACGAUUGACCACAUUCACACUGUUUUGAAACUCAUCGAGGUAUCACGAGAGUACAAGAUGCCGCUCUGUCUCACCUUCAUCGACUUGAAGAAGGCCUUCGACUCAGUCGAGACGGAAGCGGUCGUGGAAGCAUUGGACAACCAAGGCGUCCCUACUCAGUACAUAAAGGUACUUCGAGAGUUGUACAGUAACUUCACGACUGGAAUUUCGCCAUUCUACAAGAACAUCAUCAUUGAGGCGAAGAGGGGGGUUGAUGGUCGGCUGCUACACCAUUUGCGCUUUGCUGAUGAUAUCGUACUGAUAACACCUAGCAUCAGCCAAGCGGAACGAAUGCUGACCGAAUUCGACGAAACAUGUGGAUGUAUCGGUCUUCAGCUGAAUCUACAAAAGAUCAUGUUCAUGCGGAACGGAUGGGUCUCGGAUACCCCAUUCACGCUCAACGGAACGAACAUAUCCGAAUGCACCAGCUACGUUUAUCUGGGUCGGGAAUUGAACAUGAUGAACGACCUGACCCCCGAGCUGGGCAGGAGGAGACGAGCGGCUUGGGGAGCGUAUAAGAGCAUCGAGGAUGUAGUGAAAAAAACCAGGAACACACGGCUUCGUGCUCUCCUCUUCAACACCACCAUACUUCCUGCUUUGACCUAUGCUUCUGAAAGGAAACAUGGGCAUUUUGCAAGCAGGAAGAAAACGUGGAAAGCGUCAUUGAACGCAAUUGAGAGAAUUAUAGAAUGA